AAUAUAUGCUUUAUAAUAAUCAGCGUUCUGUUUGCGCAAGCAUAUGCUCGCCAAAGAAAAGGUUAACGAAAGAUGUCGGUAUCGUGGAUACCCCUUCGAAGCAAGCCACUGUGGGUUUUCGAUCGAUCGCAUCAUCGCUUUGGAUGACUCGAUUUCGCGCCUCCAUUGCACGUAUCCUAACUACACGCAUGUGAAUAAUAAACAGUGAUAGUAGCUAGACUGUUCCAUGCAAGCAUCUACCAUCCGCGCACGCUAGGCUAAGAUAGGCAUGGUGUGCUUGCAUAGAUCUGAGCAAGUUUAUUCAACGCAAAACGUCCUACCUUUUGUACACAGGCGUGCCCGACUUGAAACCUGUGCGCGUUAGUUAAAUAAUUUGUUAUUGGUUCUCUUUUGUUCCCGAAGCAAACAACUACAAAGAAGAAGCCUGCUCGUCCUUCAUCAAGGAGAUGUUGAAGUGUUGUGAGAAGUGGAAAACAAUGUCUGCUUGCUGCGCCGGGUUUCUGAAAGACGAGAAGUCGAAGUAGGUUGCAACCCUCGACCAGACGUAUUGGUAGGAUUCGGGAGCGCUGACCUUAGAAGCAUUUUCCAUCCGCCUGUGUUCCCUACUCUUUGUAUUUUCUGUGGCAAUCAGUUCUGGGUGCCACAAUGGUGCAGCAGUCGAGCAGGUUCAGCGUGGGCAAAGUGAAGCUCUACCACCACCUCGUGCUGGCGGGGCUCAUACGCGCCGGGCUGAUCGUCGUCGGGGAGUGGCAAGACCAGAACCUGCAAGUCAAGUACACUGAUGUCGAUUACCACGUCUUCACCGAUGGCGCUGCGUACGUGGCCAAGGGCGAGUCGCCGUUCCUGAGGGAGACGUACCGGUACAGUCCUAUGCUGGCCAUGCUCCUUGUUCCUAACGUGCUUCUUCAUCCGGCCUUCGGGAAAGUCCUCUUCUCUGCAGUAGAUGUCCUGGUUGGCUACUACGCCUAUCACAUCGUGCGGACGGCCAAGUUCAGUGAACGCAAGGCUGUGCUUUGUGCCUGCCUGUGGCUCUACAACCCCAUUACUUUCGCCGUUUCCACACGUGGAAGCUCCGAUUCCAUCCUGGCACUCAUCGUCGUGUUCUCCCUCUUCGCGCUGCUCAAGAGCAGAGACACCGCUGCCGGCCUGGCCUAUGGGUUCUCGGUGCACCUCAAGAUGUACACUGUGGUUUAUGCACUCCCCAUCUACCUGGCCCUGCAGACGAGGCUGCCCUCUGGGUCUGCAGCAAAAGGAGAGUUGGAGAGCUGGCGCUCUUACCUGUCCCGGCUGUUGUUGCCCAACCGGCGAAAGCUCAUCUUCCUUGGCUCCAGCGCAGCAUCCUUCUUCCUACCAACCCUUCUCUGCUACCUCGCUUACGGUCGAGAGUACAUCCAGGAGGCGUUCCUUUACCAUUUCUCCCGGAGGGAUGUCCGUCACAACUUCUCUCCUCUCUUCUACCCACUGUAUCUGGCCAACCAUAACACGUCCGGCAGCAGUGGUGGCAGCACAUUUGCUGCGCUCUUGCCACAGCUUUUGCUGAUGUUGCUGCUGUCCUUCAAGUAUGGCCAGCUGAGUGACCUGCCUUUUGCCCUGUUCUGCAUCACGUUUGUACUAGUGAGCUUCAACAAGGUGUGCACAUCACAGUACUUCCUGUGGUAUCUGUGUCUGCUGCCGUUGGUGUUGCCCAAGCUGGGCCUGAGCAUGAGGCGUGGUGUACUUCUGCUGCUCAUGUGGCUGGGAGGCCAGGCACUGUGGCUGGUGCAGGCCUACUACCUCGAGUUUGGCGGCAAGCCCCUCUUCCUUCACGUCUGGGUGGCAGGCCUCAUGUUCCUUGUGGCCAACACUUUCAUCCUUUGCUUCAUGAUGGCCCACUACCAGAGCCACAUACCUAGAAGCAAGAAGGCCAAGAACAAGUGAAUCUACCGGUUUAAAUUUAGUUUACAUUUCUUUUUUUUAUUGGAGAGCAGUCAAAACUGGAAUCAUGUGUCCCUCAACUGUAGUCAGCGCACUCAUUUUUGUUCUUGACAGUAGCCACUCAGAACUUCAAAUGCAGCAUGUAGUCCACCAGAGAUGGCUGGAUCUUCAAACCUGCAGUAAUGUGUGUAGCAAAUGAAAGAUGCACACUGGCCUGUCAAUCAACAGCUUAUCAUGCCUGUGUGCGUGAAAUUACAAUCUUGUGAACUUGGCAUGGUGUUCUUGUGUGGUAAAGCUAGCACAUUUGUAAAUAGAGAUGGUGAUGCAUUCAAGCAUAAUAAGAAUGUGCAGUGCACAUGAGGGUUUUUGGUGUCGUGAGCAAAGCUUUAUGGCUUGUAUGUUUCACUCAACUCUUGAAUAUGCAUGACAGAUGGAACACUGAGCUUUGUCACCCUGCUUUAUAGGGCCAGGCAGCAUUGAAUGUAAAUCUAAUAGACGGGACAACAGGAAAGUAAUGCAGCUACCUUGGACGUACCAUCAUGGAACUUUGCCAUAAGCUAUCUGACAUUAUUUAGUAGGCCAGAAAUGUCUCAUGGGUUGCUGGACGUCGUGUGCAGCUUGUCAGAGCUAGUCUUGAACUGAGCACAGAAAUUUUACUGAUGCUAAAGUGCAGAAGCUUGUCAGUCACUGACUACUCAAAAGUAAAAUAUGCCGUUCUUUGGUUCUUAAGGGUCGCAGCUAAAUGCCUACUUACGUAGCUGCCUAUGAAGAUACGACAAUAUGCAAUGUGUUAGUACACCAUGUAAGUUGAUGGUUACCAUAAAAACUGUCACCAGAGAGAGUAAAGCCUGUGUGACAAAACACUUCUGACAUCUCCCAUGAGUACACUGCAUAUUCAUUAUGAUGCAGAAAACAUAUUGUACAAAUAAUACCACCAUCAGAGCGUCUGUAUAUGUACCAAUUAAGCUGAUAAUGUUUUCACUGCACUUUCACUGGUGGUGACCAGUGUUGUAACCUAGUCAUGUGACAAGCUAAAUGGCUUCUUGAGUGAUCUGUGUGCUUGUUCUUGCAGUGAGUCUCAACCCUAAAACCAAAUUUAUUUUGCAUGGCCUUUAGAUAAACUUCUAUAUUUUUGUCUAAAAUUAGUGCCACACCUAUGUCAAGAAUGACUUCAGCCAAAUAUGUACAGUAUAGACCACUUAUAACGUAACCGCUUAUAGUGCAGGACCGGAUAUAGUAUGGUCUUUUCAGACUCCCGUGAAUUUUCCCAUAGCACUCCAUGUAUAUACAUAUUGCUUAUAGUGCAGUUGUGGGAGACGAAAUACCGGUUACAGUGCGGCUGCCUAGAAGUUCGGCAGUCAACUGAGACCGCAAACGCUCCCCUCAAGCCGCAGAUAUACUCCAACGUAACGCGAGUGCGCACGUCAAGCUCCGUGGCGUCAUGGUGGCAAACAACCGGCGUGUCUCGCGCCGUCGGGUGUGUUCCAACGUUGCUGGCGCAUGAAUAGCUCCACUCAUAUUUUUCGCCCGGCGCACAAAGCCAUGCCAGCCACGCAUCCCAGCAUUCCUCACGAAGAGCGGGCAGAAUGAUGUAAUGGCGGGAGCGAGCGAAAGCACGUCCGUUGCUGCGGCUCUCUGCGCAUUAAUAAGCAUGGUGUCACGCACUCAGCAAGCAAACCUGAACACAUCUCACUUGAUGACCGUGGAAACUUGCUGUCAGAACCCUAUGGUGAGGAAGUGCGGCAGCAGUGAGCGAAUUGACCUUCGUGCUGCCGCUCGCAUCAAAGUGAACUAAGCCGCGAAAAUACAGUGCACGGUGGUGCGCCCCCAUCGCAGAUGGCUUUCAAGAUACAGCGGCCCCUGUGGGCAGGCGUGCGCGCUCAGAGUAAACGCACCCCACCCCCCCUCUCGAGCCUUGCGCGCGACGGAAGACAGUGUGCUUCCUUCCCGCUUUCCUCCCUUGCAUGCGCGAGAUUGAGAUGCGAUCACCGGCUCACCCUCGCACGCUUUCACUCGCACAUACAGCGCGCGGCUACGAUACAGAACUUUAUACAGAACCUCGCGGCAACAGCUACGGUAGCUAGAAAUGCGCCUGGAGUGUCCACAUAAUUGCUAUCGCAAUAAAAUAAUUGUUUUGGUUGUAGUGCUGAUAUUCCGGUGACUUACGUUAUAAGCGGUCUACACUGUAAUAAGUUAACUUUAGGCUGCCAGCACAAGUAAGGAAGAGUAUUUGCAAGUGACCAUCAUCUGGAUAAGCUACUUGUAUCCAUAGAAAGCGCACACAAUCUGUAGUUUUGAUGUAGCUUCUGUGCACAACCAAGUUCUUUUUGAGAGUUUAAUUUCUACUGACAGCGAAGAACAUGCCAGUAAGGAAGCUCAUGAUCAUCUUUAGAGUACCUUUUGUUUGGUUAGCUUAUUGUGCUCAGUGAUCUCAACAUCCAUCCAUGAAAUCAAUGCACACCUUAACCGCCCUCUAAAUCACCGAAGCUUCACUUGUUCAAAGGAAUGAAAGUAUUUUAUUUAAAGGACUCCACGAUGGAGGUUAUGUAAAGGAGAGAGAUUAAUGUCUUUAAAGGGGCCCUGAACCACUUUUUAUCGAAGUGGAGAAAGAGAUUUGAAGUGAAAAUAGGGCUAUUUCAGAAUCACUUUGCCACAAAAAGUACUUCAAUGCAUUCAGCAGAAGCGGAGUUAUCGGCAAUCAAACACGGCCUCCGUUGUGCUCCCCUUCCUCCUCCAAUGCCUUGCACUGUGAAGGCUAGGCGGAGACGUCACCAUGGCGCGCAGUUCAAAUUUUCGAUUUGGUGCCUACGCCAUGCUGAACGUAAGCCAAACGCGACUGUCCUCGGAGAGCAGCAGUGCGCUUAGCCAGUGGACUCGUGGCGGCACAACGCGGCGGUUGCGAUGUAGCCGACCGUAGCGUGGUGACUUCGCGUUCCGCUUGCGAGCUCCACGGACUGUGUACGACAGCAGAACUUGGCUGAGAUGUUCACAACAGCGUAUGCUACCCGCGGGCUAUGUUAUUUCACCAAGCCCGAGGGGUGGUUCAGGGCCCCUUUAAUGACCUGACCUCACAAAGAGACCUCAAAUUGAAUUUCUGUCUCAACUCCAUCUAGCGUAGGACACAGCUCCUUCACCUAGAUACUGUACUUCAGUAAUAUUCGGUUGGAAUACAUCUCCAUUCCUGUGUUCUCAAGUGGAGCAGGUGUUGGGAGUGCUCAGUAACACGAUUUUACGCGCAAGACUGAACAUCAUAUUGAUCUGUUCAAGCGCAAUAGCCACCUUAGUUGAGGGUUAGCUUUGCCGUCCGCUUUCUAGAGUCAACUAGAGUGCUCAGCAGAGAAACCUUAAAGAACGGAAGGUAGGAAAUAUUGUGGGACGUUUGGAGGGACAUCAUUAAAAGGGGUUGGGAUAUCAAAGUCUGACAGUGAAAUCUUUCAAUGCCUACAAAUAUUCUUCGAUCAUGGUAAUAUAGUAUACUGUGAAGGAAGUUUCAAAGAUUUCAGACAGGUGCGUGCAAAGAGCAAAGUGUUGUCAAAGGCACACUAAAGAGAAAAAUAGGUUGAGCUGCAUUAGUAAAUUACCCUUCUAAAAUGCCAAAAAAGCCACCCUUACUAUGGGAGGAGGCACCGCUUUCCGCACCAACUUGCCAUGACGUAUUUUGAUAGCGUCUACCUGGGCCUUGUUAAUUUUUAUCAGAAGGACUGCAUUAUACAGUUAAACCUGCUUAUAAUGAACCUCCAUAUAACAAAUUCCUGGAUAUAACGAAGUUUUUCUAUUCCCCACCGUUACUCCAUAGAAGCACAUGUAUUUGAGACCUCUACGUAACGAAGUGGCAGCGGGAGACCCCCUUGAAAUAAAGAAUUUUCCCAACCGACAACCUAGAGAUUUCGCUCCAAAUUUUGUCAAUUUUGCGCAAGCAGCAACCCGAAGCACCUUCUCCUCCGCAAUGGAAUGCGAAGCGGCAGCGUCGCGCUUGGCUCGCUCGAAUUUACGGCGAAUGUAAGGCGAGAGCGAGCGAACGUGUGUGUGCGUGCGCGAGGCAGGCCUGCAUCCCUCGACCCAGCGAUCUUGCCGCCGCAGGCGUGACCUUUCCCCCUACCUUCAUUCAAACCUGAUCCCGCCACUCAGAAGUACGUCCCUAAAUUUGCGCUACCAUAUCGCCAUCGGCAUUUCAAUAUGGCCCCCUCCUACGCCUUCGAGCCUAGUUUCCGUAGCUUCGACCAUGAACUGUAGUACGUGUGCUUUGGCAUUAGUCGACCAAUUUAGUUAAACAGCUAAUGUUUACAAGUUUAUACGGCCAAUAAAACUACCAUCCUUACUUCGUAUAUCUGUCUGCUAAUUUGCUGUCAUAAUCGACGCUUUGCCUUUCGGGCAAAACUGGGACUUUUGUUCGUCGCAAAUUUAGUGUAUUGGGAGUAAAUCUUGAGCGAUAGUUGUAUUUCUGUAUGAAAGCAUGAGGUGAGCGGUACUGUAAAGGAUUUUUUUUUCCUCUCUUUUGGUCACGGAAAACGGGUGCGCGUUACAUUCGAGGGCACGUUAGAAUCGAGUAAAUACGGUAAGCGUUUCUUUUUUUAAUUUUCCUGCUGAACCUGCAUAUAACGAAAUCCUCUCUAUAACAAAGUUUUUGGGAAUUUGUCAAUUUCGUUAUAUCCAGGUUUAACUGUAUUCUAAAGGAACCAGAGACUGAACUUAGCAUGCUUCAAUUAUUGAGCCGCACCAGUCAAAAUAUGAGAAAGUAUUCUGCAAUCCGUGGCAUCACACUGACGUACAGGCACUGAAGUUUUGACGCAAAAUUAGGAAAAAUGGAACUUUGACUUUAAUUUUCUCUUCUAAUAAUCAACCUAUUACCAUAAAAUUAUCAAAGAGAGUUUUUAAGGGAUACCUUGUCAGUCUAUUCUACACUGAUCAAAUGUUCUUUUCCUGCUUUAAAAGCACUAGUACGUUUUUUAAAAGAAACUGGACUUAGUGAAAAACUAUAGAAUGUGCGGACUUAUGUGCUUUUUUUUUUUUUCUUUUUAAUCUUCUCUUGUUUUCUAAUCUUUUCUGCCCUUACCCCAUCCCCCUGUGCAGAGAAGCCAACCGGACACUUAACCUGGUUAACCUCUCUGCCUUUCACCUCUUAUUUUCCUUCCUUCCUCCCUUCCUUGGCGUCCCUCUAUUGGUGGUAUGCUCGGCAGUUUUUGAAGAGCAUGUCUUAUGCACAAUCUAAGUCUACAAAAUGGAAAAGCUGUCAUUUCUAGCUUUUUGCGAGAUGGUCAUAAAAAUAAAAUUUCUAGAUCUUCAUGGCACAAGAAUCCAUUGAUGUAUGGGUGCACCUUCUUUUAUCGCACGAAUACUGUUACUUUCAAUAUAGUUUCCUUCUUAACAAAAUAUCAAAUUCUUCAUGAACAGUAGAUGUAAGGAAACUUGCUCUCUACUCUUUUAAAGAAAUAAUGCAUAACCCCAUAAAGAGAUUCAUGUUGGAACUUUUAAUGUUUGUGAAAUGACCAAACAGCCCCCCGUCUGAACACAAGAGGUCCUGGACUUGGUGCAGUUGUUUUCUGUGCCCCAUCGUGAUAGCUACUUAAGAGGUGCACGGGUAUUUUUUGGCUGUUUUAUCAUGUAACAAAACACCAAUUUCUCUUUAGCAUAAAAUGUAAGCUUAAGUUGCAACAAGCAUGGCAUGCGUGCGUAGUCAUUUCGACAGGCCCCUCCACACUCGUGCUAGUCUUCCUUUAAAUGUAACUUUUUUUUUUUUGUCCAGCCAUUCAGAAGUUUUAUGCAUAACUUUUAUGAUCUCAACGCAACAAAUAUGGCAUAUGUAUCCAUUAUGACACUCACCCCCCAUGCACACUUCCUAGUCGUCAUUUGUGAUUUUUGUUUUUGAUAUUGUUUCUUGUGUCCACCCAUUCACAGAUUUUAUUUAUAACUUCUAAAGUCUCACAGGAAAGUUUCUAGUUUAAAUCAUCUAGAUUAAGGUGAAACUGGGAAGUGUAAAAGCAUGUGCACUGUAAAUGAUUCCAAGUCGUGUGGUUGUUGAGAUAAAUGUGACUUUUGUUGCAGUUGUGAAGCUGCACGAUUGAACAUGGAGAACAGUACUUUCCACUAGCCCAUUGCUGAAUGGCAUAAAGUUUCGGACAAAAAUUGCCGUAUGGAAAUCAAGUGCCUGUGGCCGCUGCCGACAUGGCGAUUCAACCAGCUUAGAACUGAUAGGCUGUAAUGGGGGGGGGGUAUUAAUUAAGUGUCCACCUAGUCGAUAUGUCCAUUUCGUCGGCUGCUGAGGGAGGACUUACGCAUUUACAGUUGUGCGUAGUGUGCAUGCUUUUUUUAAUUCUACAGGCCAAGAGAGCGUACAUUUCUGCACCCUAGAAUUCAGGUUGGCAGCUCGGAAUGCAGAGCGAAAGUGUUGUGGGCACUUAGCAUUGUGUUUAGAGGUACAAGCACUCUGCAACAAACGAAGUGCGAUAAUCUGACAUUGCAGUCUGAAGUGGAAUCUGCACUGGUUUGCUGGAAAACCUUUAUUUAUACAAUAAGUUCUGAAGGAUCGUGGGUAGGCGAGCUACUCAUUUUUUUUUCACACCUUUAGAUGUGUCCAUGCUUCAUCACAGCACAGAAUGUACCAUUAGCAUAAGUUUAAUCGCAAACAGGAAAUAACUGAUUGUAAUGCCUGUUACAUGUAAUUACAUGAAAGUGAGAUGUGUAAUUGCUGUGUUGCCGGCUUCUAAGCGUGCAGUAGUCCCAAGUGUAUGCUUUGGAGUCUGAAUUAAGACACUGUUGCAAAUGCAGGUGUACCUGGAAACGGAACAGUGCAUUGUAGUAGUUUCGGAAUCAAUCAUGUUUGAAUUUAUGUUGAAAGUACCGAAGGCCAGGCAUCCAUAUUAUAGCAGCUCAUUUUUUUGCUCUUGAAAGAGUUGGCACCUUGUGUCUUUGCAUUGCCUGUUUUCUUUCUUGUAGUUUUUUUAAUUAAACAUAUAUAUAUAUAUAUAUAUAUAUGCUCCCCAAGUGCAUAUCCAUUUGACUAUGUUUUCAGAAUUUGUUUUAGGAUAUGAAGAAAUAUCUUUGUUAUCAUUACACCUAAAAUACUGUGCAGAUUUAUCAGUGUUCAUCACUAAACAAUUGUUACUUAAGCGAUCUGGUCCUGAAAGUUAUAUAUGUGAUUUCUGCACAGGAAUGCCAUCAGUUAAAAGACGGCAGAUAUUCUGGCUUAAAAAUUGAGGAGGAAUAAAAUGUGGUCAGAGCUACAGGAAGCUCGCCAUGUCCCCUACAAGAUUUACAGCCUCUCAGGAAAAUUUGCUAUGCUACAAGCUGCUGUUUUCACAGAACUGAGCUGCUUAUAUGGCGACAUCUUGGAUCAUUGUGAGAACAAAUGGCUCGGGCCCCGCCUGGGCCCGAGCCAAUUUUACUUAUUUUGCGGAGGGCUAAUGGCAGAUUUGGAACAAAAACAGAUUGGAAUUGUCCCGGUCCUUGUCAGUAAUUCACAUGGAAGUGAGUAAUUUACUACUUUCAGUGCACUAAUUAUCAACUUUUUUUUUUUUACAUGUAAUAGUUAGCCAUAUCGGCUGUGAGUGGCUUGCUUCCCAUCAUUACCAUGGUGGCUCAACAGUUGCAAUGUUGUGCUGCCACCAAGCAGUGUCCAUGUGAAAGUGUGCUUAGUUUUAUAGUAAGCUACUUUGGUCCUGCCAACAUUGUGUUUUGUAGAUGCAACUAGCACACCUCACAGUGGAACCAGCUCUGUUUUUUUUUUUUUUUUUUUUUUUUCUGCAACAUUUCAGUGAUCCUGUCUCAUUGAGAGAGAACUUGUAGAAAGACAGAGAAGUCAGUUUGAGCUAGCGCACUGUAGCCUGCUGCUCUAUGUAGGGGGAAUGGGGAACAGAGAAGUGAUGAUGACACAGAUGCACAUAUUACACAACCAAUGAGGCAGUGCUGCAAGCUUUGUGUCCACUACAGUGUCGCGCAUGAAGUGCAAGAUGGCCCUCUGCAGCUGUGCUGCUGCACAUUUUGAGUGAUGUGAACAUUGUGUUGUUUGUACUUAAUAUUUAUUGCAAGGAAUUAAGUGUUUAUUGCUUGCCUUAGCGUGCAAAGAUAGUGGAGAGCAAUGCAGGUGGCUUUAUGGUCGCUUUCAAGCGCUGGUAUAAUGCAAUGCAAAGAAAAAAACAAAAAAUGGCGUCUUGCCGUGGAUGCUGAAUUUCGGAAAGUGGCUGUGCCUUUGAAAAGGCACAUCUGCUUGGAGAUAAAAGCCUGACAGACGCAAGCACCGUACAAGAGUGUGAAGUUGGGCUAGUUGGUUUGUUGUCAAUGUGUUGGGUGACAAGAGAGAAGGCGCACACAUUCUCUCUCUUUUGCGGUCGUCUCCGCUAUCCAUGCUGAUGACCAUUGCACUUCAUACCCAGCAGUUGCGGCGAGAUGUCACCAUUUUUUCUCCAUAGUGCACCAUUCACACUCUGUAGACAAGGAUGGCUUGCUCUGUACAUUGUAAAUAUCCCAGUCAGGUGUGAACGCCCUUGGGUUUUCAUUUGUAACUGCUUUUCUUCAAUGCAAACAUAAGUCUAGCUUCUCAGUUUCUGUAAAUUGGCCCUUUCAUAUGCACUUCCUGGUUGUAUUAUCAAAUAUGCCUGCAUCUAUGGUCAAAUGAAGCUAUCUUUGUGAUUCUUUUCCAAUAUGCACUCCCUUGUUCUUGUAAGUGUGACUGUGCAUCACUUCAGAGAUGCUCCUGAAAUGGCCUGAAACACCCAAUUAAGGAUUGUUUGUUAAUGUAUUGUUUCCACAUUUUCUUGCAUUGACGUGUGGAUCCCUUUAACAGGGAAAUAAAGAGGCAAAACAAAAGCA